UGCGACCUACAGGGAAGCUCUCCACGUAAACACGAGGAUUACAAAUAUCCAGCCGGAGGCAAAUUUUUCUUGGUGUACAGAGGCGGAUAGCGACUCAAGGAUGCACGAUAUGCAAGGCGGUGUGAAUUGACCAGUGUCCAUCACAAGAUUUGGUCAAGAAGAAAAUACUAUAAAGAGUGCGAAUCCAUGUAAAGUGGGGAAAAUACACUCUACGCCAUGCAUCGUCCGACUAGACUUAAGAUCACAGAACUCAACCCUCAUCUCGUGUGCGUCCUCUGUGGGGGUUACCUCAUUGAUGCCACCACCAUAGUCGAAUGUCUACACUCGUUUUGCAAGACCUGCAUCGUGCGAUACUUAGAGAGCAGCAAGUUCUGUCCUAUUUGCGAUGUUCAAGUCCACAAGACAAAACCUCUGUUAAACAUAAGAUUGGAUCACACACUUCAAGACAUUGUGUACAAACUAGUACCAGGCUUAUUCAAAGACGAAAUGACAAGGCGUAGAGAAUUUUAUAAAGACCAACCAAACGAUGCGAACGCUGUAUUGGAAUUACGUGGUAAGGCACGAAGUCCAGGAACAUGUAUCGGAGACGAUGAGGAAGAUGAACAGAGAGAACGGGUUAUCUACUCAGAAGAUGAACAAAUAAGUCUAGCCCUACAGCUAAGUAUCAAUGGCAGACCACCCAGCAGAAGUAUUGCAGAAAACGGUAAAGACGUCAAAAGCAACGUACAUGACUGCCGCUACCUGCUGUGCCCUGCUGCUGUCACGAUCGGGCAUCUAAAGAAAUUCAUCAAGAUGAAAUUCAGCCUAUGUGAUAGAUUCCAGGUCGAUGUGUACCACACCGACGAAUCACUUCGAGACGAAUACACACUUAUGGAUGUGGCUUACAUAUAUUUAUGGAGAAGGAGAGGACCAAUGAAGCUGUUCUAUACGGUUUACACAAACCCCGCCAAACGGUUCAGGAAAUCUCUCUCCUGCACAGUGACGUCACACAUGACGUUGAAAUCAUCUUCAAACAAGCGUGACAUCGACAUUGACAAGAAAACCACAUCACAGGAAUGUGCCAUAGCUGCAGCAUCUGCUGUCUUGUCAGCUACAAAGCCAUCUCCAGAAACAAAGGUAAAAGACCCCCCACACACAACAGAACCAACUGUCCCUAAAUCGGUGGAACCGAGCAAAAGUCCAGUUGUAUCCAGUACUGUAGUGACGUCAUCGACUGCUGUAGAGAAUGGAUUUCAUGCACCACACACACCAACUCCUCCAUCUUCAACAGCCUCUCCUACAACCUGCGUGAGGAGAGAGGUAACUAAAACUCCAGAAAAGACUGUACCGAAAGAACGAAACGGGACAAAUCCGGUUGUUCUGACCACUCCGAGGUUAAACGGUAUGAACUUGAUAUCUACUUACACAUUAAUGAAUGGGAACAGUCAUAUCAAUAGACAUGACAGCAACGAGGUAGCACAAGAUCUGAGCAUCAAAAAGAAAACUCCUUCAAAGGAGCCUACAACCAACGGAAACAAACCGAUGCCGCCAAAAUCGAAUGGACUUCUCCCAAAUGGUGAGAUUGAUAGAUUCGCCUUCACAGAUGAGGACGAUGAUUUGCCAGUCCCACCCUUGAACAGUCAUAAACUGCACCAUCAAAUCAAGGCCGAACCGGUUACAAUAGACUGACACGUUACUAACACGUGAUGGUCAGUGACCGGCACGUGACUAAUUAUACCCGGAGAGGGUUGAACUUCUGUUGACGUAUCGGCAGCUUUUGUGUUUGAUAUAUUGAUAUGACACAAGCAUUUUUGAGUAAUAGUAAGGACUAUUACACGAGGUAACUGAUGUUUAUUAAGUGCUAUGCUGAAUUGGAUUCGAACUUAUUCUUUUCUAUAUCGACUGCUUAUGGUUCAGAAUAAUUCGAGGUGAUACUUAUGCUUUGCGACUGGAAUCGCAGUGCAGGAAAUGAAAAUGAGCGGAUAAAACGUUCAAUGAACUUUUGUAUGUGUUAAAUGUACUGAAAUGAAGUAUAUUUUUUUCUGAGGAAGAUUUGAAAUGAAAGAGCAUAUGUGUUCUUAUUUGAAUAUGCCUGUGAUUCAUUUGUGUAGACCUUUUCAUUAAAAACUGUUACCGGAACCAAUGUGAUUGCUACAUCAAGCAAGGAUGAAAAUAUGUGCCAUUCAGAUAAGAAUACAUUUGAAACUAUAGUGAUAUGUAUUGCAUUGCUGAAAUACUGUGUUAUAUAAACUGGACAGAAACAAGCGAAGCUACGAAGAAUGUUUGAAUGAAUUAGUGAGACGGAGACAAUACUCGAUAACAGUAUUGUGCUACAGAUUUUAUCAUUUAUGAAUCACUUUUGACUAUAAAUGUUUCUUGUUAAACUAAAAUCACUUGCUAUACCGUAACACGACUUUAUGUUGAAACAUUGCCAGGAAUUACUGUUUUGCUUUAGAUUGUGCUUGAUUCGUUGUAUAUAUAUUUAUUGGUUAGAAAUGUAAGUGUACACAAGACUUCGUCACUUAUCGAGGGUAAAUGUGUUUCGAAUGUUUUUUAACUUCUUAUUAAUAUUUUAUGGGGAUUUAUUUUGCAGCUUUUUCUUAGGUUGCUGUCACAAAUUUCAAUUUCCUUUUUCAUAUCUCUCUCACACAAUAAUAAAUCGAUGUUUGAGGUAUAACCAUAUUCUUUUAAUUUCCUAUUAAAAAGGAUGACAAGGACAUUAGAGAACAACAAUUAUUCUUGAUAACUGGAGAAAUUUUUAUCUAUUUAUUAAUUUACCGUUCAUAUUUGUACCUUUUUAUACUUUUUGUCUGUUUAAGGAGUUACAUCUUUUUUUGUAUGCUUAAUUGGUCUUUAACUGAAAACUAUAACAAUCUGUUGUUUUUUUUUGUUUUGUUUCCCAUUGAGAACACUUUGAGGAUUCUCGCGAAAAUUAAUUGAUACACAUCGAUCGACUUUCGAAGAUUCUGAUGAUAAUUCAUUAAGUAGUAUGUUUGUUUCCUUUUCCGUGUAUCAGACCUCACAACAAUGAGUUAGAGAAUGAAUGAAAAGGGAAAGAUUGAAGAGUGAUCAGAUAUGCAUUUUGCUUUAUGUCAUUAUAUGACAAAAGACUUCUGGAAAUAUUUUAUAUAUUUAAAAUGGCAACUAGAUUGCAAAUUACUUGCCAACAUGCUCAAAGCAUGCAACAGGAAAUGUGUAGAUAAUUUAAUUAAGUUAAAAUUGAUAGUCAAACUAUCUUGUCAUAACCGUUUUUCAUCAUUAGGGCAAUUAAUCAUUGAAAGUAUAGGGCUCUUGAUCAGUAUUUGUUCAUUGACACUGUCCCAAAAGUUGUUUUCAAUAGUCAUGUUGUGGAAGUCCGCAUUACAUCUUGAACUUGAUGUGUAGAAUAGUUUUAAGUUGUGCUCAUUACAUAUUUUGUAAAUGAGACCACAGACUGUUUCAGGAUUUUAAAUGUAUCUGAUGUCUACUAUCACAGCAUCAAUGUUAAUUUUUUUCUCAGAACGAUAAUUUUGCAAACACCUCGCUUGUGUUUAGUUUAAACUAAUAUUUUAUUAUGAUGCAAACAUAAAAACCGACAUACGUUUCAAAUUUUUGACAUAUAUCUUGACCUUCGUGCUAUUCACUUCGCCUCGGUUAUAAUUUUGUUCCAGAGGAUGCCGUAACACCAAGUGCCACGUAUUUUCUAUAAAUAUACACAUGUACUUGACGGUCUUUCUAUCAAGUUCAAAAAUUAAGGAAAAUGAUUAGAUUAUAUCAAGUGAUUCGUCCUGUCUAUAUCUAAACAUUUAUUGUGUGUAUGUGUUUUUUUUUCUCCAUAAUCCAUCUUCUAGAUUUCAAUAUGUUUUACCACUAGCAUCACUGACUUAUUUUAGAAGGACGAAACUUUUAAAAGGCUGCAAUAGCUUUCACUAUUUGGUUGAACUGUAUUAGAUGUCCCAUUGCAUUGGAAAUGCUAUUCACGUGUAUGUCUUUUGUGCAACCUUUUGUACAUGUCAAUGAAGCUAUGUUAGUUGUGCAAAUUACCCGAAAUGAAAUAAAGUAUGAAAAUGAAGAGUUUGGUCCGAUGGCUUCACGCUGCAAUAUCUGAUAAAGUGUCGAAGCAUAAGCCACAAUUAUUCUUUUAUCUUUUGAUUUGGCACGUAAUACCAAAGUACUGGUUGGUAAUGUUCAGAAGUCAUAGCUGAUUGAAGAUACAAAUAGAAAUUCAAAUUUAUUGCUGUUCAUUUGAAAACUUACGAAAUAAUUGUAAAACUGAUAUUAUGUUAUUGUGAUACACAAAAGGCUGCUACGAGAGCAUCGAAUUGCACAAAAUGGACCUUUGGGAAGUCAUUUUUUCAAUGAUGGCUGUGGGCACAUAAAUAACAGUGAAAAUAUCGACCUGUUAACAGCAUUUCAAUUAAUAUGAAAAUCAAGAGUUUUAAAUAAAAAUGCCUACAGGAUAGACUUAAGGUGUAGAGCAAUGUGUACAUGUCUUGAUAUAUUUUGUUAAUAACUGUUUUCAUAUUGAUGUUGGAUGUUUUUGCUGUAUUUAAUGCAUUUCAAUUCCAUGAAAUUUACCGGUUUUAAUACUGUACAAAAGAUCCGAGUUCCAAUGAAACAUUCUUAUGGUACUUUAUUUGUCGUAAGUCCUUGACGUACGGUAGAGGUCAUUAUAACCGAGUACAAUUUACAGAUUAACCAAAGGUUCCGAAUGUUUUUCUUACUUUGAUUUUUAUUUUUUUUUAAAUCAUGGUUAUAUUGAGUUUCCACCCCCAACUACACCUUUCUUAAACGCCCGCCAAAAAGCAACCGUUAUACACAAAACCGACACCAUUAUGAGAGGGACAUUUGGCACAUAUUUUAUGUGCAUUGAAUACUCUGCAUGUGAAACGUGACCUGAUGUUAUCGCAUUAAGCGCAGCUGGAUUUAUUACCGGCGAUAUAUCUGACAACAUUAUAUAAUGAGUGCAUGCAGUGUGUAAUGACCUACAUAUAUGACAGUCCCGGAAACUGUUUACAAGUACAAACAUUCCUUCCUGUUUUGUUGCUGCUUUAACGUCAAAAACUAUUUAUUUUUCAUGUGUUAACUCGAGAAAUUUACCAACAAUUAUGCCUGCAUUUUUUUUCAAAAUUUCUUUAUUACCAGUUUUGAUUUCUAUACACUUAAAUGCUUGUUUACCCUUAAUUUGAAAUCGCAAGUGCCAAGUGUUAAACGUGUCCAGGAGAGCAUUGAUGAUAUGCACAAGUCCCAUAUUUGUUUUUUAAAUGUGAUUCAUGAGAUUUGAAUUCCUUGUCUGAACGUAAAGUGUCACAUUUCAAAAAAAAAAUUAAUAGAUAUUAGAAUUGUGAGAUGGGUAUUGUGCAAGUCUACCAGGACAUUUUUGGAAAGUACUGUAUGUGAUAUGACGUAACCAUACCUGUGUACAUUAGUAUCGGAUAUGGUUGUGAACGUAUAUAUAUAUUUAUAUAUAUAUAUGUGCAUGUACAUAUGUAAGUGUGUCUAAAUACCUUAUUUAUGAUAUUGUGUUUGAUUUCCAAGUGUUCAUUGGAUUAUACCAUUGUAUAUGUAUAGCUAGCUGAAAGCGUUAUAAUAGUCUAUACGUAAUAGAGAAAGUGUUGGACUUUUUUCACUUAUAUUUAGAAAAAAGAACGCCAUAACGAAAUCGGUAAACGUUUGUUCUAUCAAUAAGCAACUGUAUAAGUUUGAAAAUGCCGUUUGAACUAUAGAAUGCUACCAUUUAGAUAUUUCAAUUGUCUGUUUAUCACAUAACCGUAAUUGGUAUAUUGUUAUUGAAAAGGAAACCAGUUGUCAUUAAAUAUUUUUUAUGAAUACUUAAAUGAUAUAUCGUUUUUGUUUUCAACACCAGGCUGAAGCAAACAACCAACUAUUUUCUUAAAUUGUUAUUUCUCACUUUAUUUUAAGAUGCAUGCAAAAUGUUUAUACCUUAUCGUUCAUUAUUGUAUGACCGUAUGACGUAAUGUCGUUCAUCAGUUUAUGUUAAUGGUACAAUGAUUGUUCUGUUUUGUCCUUAAAUAUUUGAUUAAAGGAGAUUCAUGUCGUGAGACUCAUCACCUUUUGAUAUGGGAAUAUUAUGUUUCAUGUUUUACCUGCAAGCUAAUGCAAAUGUUUGGGAAACAGGAGUCCGGUAUCAAGAGAACAGUUAACAAAAUGUGUACAUUGUAAAUUUCAUUGAUGCAAAAUAAAUUCAUGCUCUGAUGCACAUUUACGGGAAUAGUUUGAAAGAACAUUUACCAAAAUGUGUACAUCGUAAAAAAAUCGGUUUUAAACAUUCAACAAGGUGUGUACAUUGUAAUUUUUGUGAUGUACAAUAAAUUCGAGCUCUGA